GGGUGGAAUCUGAAAUGACAGUGGGUGGGGACUCGGGUUGAAGUGUCUCUAUCUGCCUGCCUGCGCGAGACACACAUCCAGAGGAGGCUUGACACCACUCUACUCCGACGUGCUGAAACAGCUGACCUGAACAGAUGUCUUGAUAAAAAACAAACCUGGAAUACAUUUUUCACCUUUAAAUAAUUUCAUCAGGUAGAACAUCUGAGAAAAGAUCAGCAUCAUGUCAAAAGAUGUUGAUAGAAACCAGGUUCUUCAAACCACCAGGGUGCGGACUACACUGAAAAACGACGUCAGUUGGAUCCAGAAAUCAAAAGAGAAAAAGGAAGAGCAUCACACUGCAAGGAAACAAAACGUUGUGGAGACCAAACCCGUCUCAGUCAGACAGAAGGCAUCUGUCCUGUCCACAGACAGCAAAUUCAAUGAUUCGGCUAAUCAGGCAAUUGGUGCAGAUAUUCCUCCCCGAAAAGAUGCUCAGCCUGAGGGGUCAACAGUGGAAUCCACAGACGAUACAAAGCCCCAAGCACCCAUAAAAGAACAUAUCAAAUAUGAUAAGGCACAACCAGAAAAAUCAGUUACCAACACACCUGAAAAAAAGAAGGAAGAAUAUGCUGACACAGCAGUUAAUCUGUCAGAUGUGAAACACAUCUCUGCAGAGGUUCCAUCAGUUUCUUCAACAAAGAAAAAUCCAGAGUGUCCUGUGGGCCUGGGUGAACAGCCAGUUGCCAACACAACAGCAGAAAACAAGCAAGAAUAUGUUAAUACAACUGACCAGUCAAAUGAAAAACACAGUGAGGAUAAGGUCUCUGCAGAUGCUCAUGAAGAUGUUGUUGCAGAAACCUCUGCUGUUGCUGGCACCGGAGAGAGUAAAGACACUGCUGAUGUCCAUGCUGGGCUUGCAGUUGAACUGAGACCUCAAGAGGAACCUUCAACCAAAACAGAGUCAGCAGGUGUAGAAUCACCUGUACAACCUGCAGAGGGGAGUCCUCCAAAACAGGCUGCAGAAGAAAUUGUUGAAGCUGUAGCUGAGGUUGUGGUGAAGUCAUUGCCUGACAAGAGUGAUGCAAUUAUUCCAACACCAGUGAAACCAGUCCCUGGUUUAUUGGUAGAAUCUGUAUCCAAAUCACCCUCUGAACCUGCAGCUAAAACCGCCACAGAGGGGAGCUGUGUGAAAGGUCCACCAGAACAGGUUGCUGUAGAGUCAUUGCCUGGGACUCCUACUGUCACUGAUGUCUCGGGAGAAGAGGUUGCUCUCCAAGACAGGAUGGAACCAGUCCCUGGUUUAUUGGCAGAGUCUUUAUCCGAAUCACCCACGCAACCUGCUGCUGAUACCGCUACAGAGGGGAGUUGUGAAAAAGGUCCCCCAGAACUGGCUGCUGGGAAAACUGUCAAUGCUGUUAGUGAGGUUGCCGUGGAGUCAACGCCGGAGACUCAUGCUGUCACUGAUGCUUCAGGAGAAGAGGCUGCUCUCCAAGACAGAGUGGAACCAGUCCCUGGUUUAUUGGCAGAAUCUGUAUCCGAAUCGCCCACGCAACCUGCUGCUGAAACUGCAGUCAAGUCUGUGGAGUGUAAACUUGUGUCUGCAGCCUCAACAGAGCCUGUUUUAAAGAACAGAGCUGAAAUAGCUGAGCGUGAAGUCCAGCCUGUUGAUAACACUGUUGUCAUGCACAGCAUUGAGCCAACAACUAGGACUGCAGCUGAAGCUGCUCCUAAACCUCUGAAAGAUCCAAAACAAUCUCUCACCAAGGAUACAAAACUGAACCAACAGUCUGAUAAUACCAACAACUCUGAAAUGUUUCAAAAGCCCGUGGAGGAGCUGCAGUCCACACAAACUCGGAAUAAGACCAGGCAUAGCAAAGAUGUUUGUUCAUUCUGUGACAAAAUAAUUGAGGGAUAUGUCAAGAUCAAAUUCAGUGAACCUCUGGUGCAGUGCCACCCUGACUGUCUAAAGUGUGGUGUGUGCGCUAAGGCCCUGGGAGAUAUGCUGACCCCCAUGUUUUUGCUUAACCAAGUGAUCCAAUGUGAUGGCUGCUUUGCAAAAGCUCUAAGACCUAAAGCCUAACUGGGACAAAUAUGUCAUCAGAGAAGACCCAAACCAUACUGUGAUUAAUGUGUUGUUGGGGGUGGGAACUCACCACUGUUGCCUUAAGCCUGUAUUCUGUCUUUUGAAAGAAUUUCCCUACUGAAAGUUGUUUAGGAUAUAGUGUAUUGUCAGGAUUAAGCAUUCUAUUAGGAAAAGGUUUGGUAGCAUAUCAUUGUAACAACUGCCAAAGAACGUACUGUAUACUGUUAAAAUAAAAUCACAAAUUACUGCUGCA